AUGGAGGAAAAGAGAUCUGUAAGCAUUGGAACAAGUAUAGGUAGAAGUUUGAGUAGGGCAGCUGGGAGUUGGAAGAUGGAAGAUGUGUUUUCGAGAGGUGCCGGCGGUGGCGGUAGCCACGACGGGAGAAACAGCCGGCAUUCGGUGGAAGAUGAAGAGGCGUUACGAUGGGCUGCUUUGGAGAAACUUCCGACUUAUAAUCGAAUACGAACCACCAUUUUUAAAUCUUAUGUUCCAGCUGAUCUUCAAAACCAAACACCGGCUGAUAAGAUGUUGUUGGAUGUUCGAGAACUCGACCCCAAUGCUCGACAGGACUUCAUUGAUAAGAUCUUUAGAGUUGCUGAAGAAGAUAAUGAAAGGUUCUUGAAGAAGUUCAGACAACGUGUUAAUAAGGUAGGAAUCUCUCUUCCAACCGUAGAAGUUCGGUUUCAAAAUUUGACGAUAGAAGCAGAUUGCUACGUGGGUGAUAGAGCACUUCCAUCAUUACCAAAUGCAGCAAGAAACUAUGCAGAAUCACUUCUGGGUUCGUUAGGUAUCAGUUUGGCCAAGAAAACUAAACUCACCAUUCUUAAAGAUGCAUCUGGAAUCAUCAAACCAUCGAGAAUGGCACUUCUAUUGGGUCCGCCAUCUUCUGGGAAGACGACACUUUUGUUGGCAAUGGCAGGAAAGCUCGAUCCCAACUUAAAGGUUGAAGGAGAGAUUACUUACAACGGUCAUAAACUCAACGAAUUUGUACCUCGAAGAACAUCAGCGUACAUCAGCCAGAACGAUAUUCAUGUUGGAGAAAUGACCGUUAAAGAAACCUUAGAUUUCUCAGCAAGAUGCCAAGGAGUCGGCUCAAGAUUAGAAAUGCUAUCGGAGUUAGCAAAACGAGAGAAGCAAGCAGGGAUUUUCCCAGAAGCCGAAGUCGAUCUUUUCAUGAAGGCAACUGCCAUUGAAGGAGAUGCCAGCAGUUUGAUCACUUACUACACUCUUAGAAUAUUGGGACUCGAUGUCUGCCGUGACACCUUUGUUGGCGAUGCAAUGAGGCGAGGAAUUUCUGGUGGACAAAAGAAGCGUGUAACCACCGGAGAGAUGCUUGUUGGACCAGCGAAAACUCUGUUUAUGGACGAGAUAUCAACUGGUCUAGACAGUUCAACUACGUUUCAGAUAGUGAAAUGCUUGCAGCAAGUUGUACACUUGACUGAAUCGACAAUCUUGAUGUCGUUACUACAGCCUGCUCCAGAGACGUUUGAUCUCUUCGAUGACAUCAUUCUACUAGCGGAAGGCCAAAUCGUUUAUCAAGGACCACGAGAAAAUGUGCUCGAGUUCUUCGAAGGUUGUGGAUUCAAGUGUCCUGAAAGAAAAGGCACAGCUGAUUUCUUGCAAGAGGUUACAUCUAAAAAGGAUCAAGAGCAAUAUUGGGCAGAUAGAAACAGUCCCUAUAGAUACACCACAGUCAGUGAAUUUGCUCAGCGAUUCAAGCGUUUUCACGUGGGCGAGAGGCUAACGAACGAGCUUUCAGUCCCAUUCGACAAGAGCCAAAGCCACAAAGCAGCUCUCGUCUUCAAGGAAUUCUUGGUCUCGAAACGGGAGCUCUUGAAGGCUUCAUGGGAUAAAGAAUGGCUACUGAUAAAAAGAAACGGUUUCGUGUAUGUUUUCAAGACCGUGCAGAUCGUGACUGUAGCAUUUAUCGGGAUGACGUUAUACUUUCGAACUACAAUGAAGACUAGAAAUGAAGAAGAUGCUCAAAUCUAUAUGGGGGCACUUUUGCUAAGUUUACUUAUAAACAUGUUUAAUGGUCUGGCUGAGCUUUCCCUCACUAUAAUAAGACUUCCUGUAGUUUACAAGCAAAGAGACCUUCUAUUCCAUCCACCGUGGGCUUACACGAUUCCGACGUUCUUGCUUCGUGUACCGAUAUCAAUCCUCGAGAGUAUUACAUGGGUGGCCAUACUAUAUUACGGUAUCGAUCUAGCCCCAGAAGCUAGCAGGUUCUUCAAACAUCUUCUGUUGGUUUUUCUGAUCCAGAACGUUGCAGCGGGAAUUUUUAGGCUUAUCGCCGGAGUUUGUAGGACGAUGAACAUAGCCAACACGGGUGGAUCUCUCGUCCUUCUGCUGAUAUUUCUUUUGGCCGGUUUCAUUCUUCCUAAAACUCAGAUUCCUAACUGGUGGGAAUGGGCUCAUUGGGUAUCACCAUUGUCUUAUGGCUUCAAAGCCUUUGCAAUCAACGAGUUCUACGCUCCUAGAUGGAUGAACAGAUUGAGUUCCGAUAAUGUUACUCCCUUGGGCACGUCAGUACUAGAGAGCCUGGAUAUCCCGACUCAAACAAGCUGGUACUGGAUCGGUGCUGCUGCUCUUCUAGGUUUCGCGGUUCUCUUCAACGUCCUUUUCACUUUGGCUCUCAUGUAUUUUGAUGCCCCAGGAAAACCACAAGCAGUGAUCUCCAAAGAAGCAGCUGAAGAAAUGGAAAACCAACAGGAUAGCAACCAACAACCAAGACUCAAAACAAUUGCAUCCAAGCAAGGUAGAAUUCCUAGAUCCUUAUUAUUUCCGAUGGAAGAAGUUCAAGAACGAAAAACCGGUUUUCGAAACUUAGCAAUUUACAUGAUUUUUGUAGGUCAAAAUAUGGAAAUGCAGCAUGUAGGAAGUCGGUCCGACUCUUAUGAUAAUUCUAAUGGUGUUGCUGCUAAGAAGGGAAUGGUUCUUCCGUUUACUCCACUCGCUAUGUCAUUCGACAACAUGAACUAUUAUGUCGACAUGCCUAGUGAAAUGAGAGAACAAGGGGUGACGGAAAACAGAUUGCAAUUGCUUCGUGAUGUAACUGGCGCUUUCAGGCCGGGAGUUCUAACGGCAUUGAUGGGAGUCAGCGGAGCUGGAAAAACGACGCUAAUGGAUGUUUUAGCCGGAAGAAAGACAGGCGGUUAUAUCGAAGGAGACAUCAGAAUCUCGGGAUUCCCAAAGAAACAAGAAACUUUUGCUAGAAUUUCGGGAUAUUGUGAGCAAACCGAUAUCCAUUCUCCCAACAUCACCGUUCACGAAUCUUUGAUUUACUCGGCCUUCCUCCGCCUCCCAAAAGAAGUCAGCAAGGAAGAAAAGAUGACGUUCGUGGUUGAAGUAAUGGAGCUAAUUGAACUAGACAACCUCAAGGAUGCAAUCGUAGGACUUCCAGGAGUUAGCGGUUUGUCAACCGAACAGAGAAAGAGGCUAACGAUUGCAGUCGAGCUCGUUGCUAACCCUUCAAUCAUCUUCAUGGAUGAACCGACUUCUGGGCUUGAUGCAAGAGCUGCAGCCAUCGUUAUGAGGGCCGUUAGAAACACUGUGGACACAGGAAGAACCGUCGUCUGCACCAUUCAUCAGCCCAGUAUCGAUAUCUUUGAAUCCUUUGAUGAGCUGUUGUUGAUGAAAAGAGGAGGACAAGUGAUCUAUGCAGGACCAUUAGGCAGAAAUUCACAACAAAUUGUUGACUAUUUUGAGGAAAUUUCUGGGGUUCCAGAGAUUCCAGAAAAAUACAAUCCAGCCACAUGGAUGUUAGAGGUCAGUUCAGGUGCUGCCGAGAUCCGGCUCGGGAUCGAUUUUGCGGAGCAGUACAAGUCAUCAUCGUUGUUUCAGAGGAACAAGGCUUUAGUAGCGGAGUUAAGCACGCCACCUUCAGGAGCGACCGAUCUUCAUUUUGGAACACGAUAUUCUCAAUCUUCAUGGGGACAAUUCAAGUCUUGUAUAUGGAAGAUGUGGUGGGGUUACUGGAGAAAUCCCGAUUACAACCUUGUUCGAAACUUCUUCACCUUGGCUGCGGCACUCAUGGUUGGAACAGUCUUUUGGAAAAUCGGAGAAAAGAGAGGUAGCAGCGGAGAUCUGAACACAAUCAUCGGUGCCAUGUACUCUGCUGUUUUCUUUGUUGGAAUCAACAAUUGCCAGACCGUACAGCCCGUAGUCGCCACAGAAAGAACAGUCUUUUAUCGAGAAAAAGCAGCCGGAAUGUACUCAGCGUUACCAUAUGCCAUGGCACAGGUGUUCGUGGAGAUACCAUAUGUAUUUGUUCAAACCGUAUAUUACACUCUGAUCGUGUACGCCAUGGUCUCGUUCGAAUGGACAGCAGCCAAAUUCUUUUGGUUCUUCUUCAUCAACUUCUUCUCGUUCCUUUACUUCACAUACUACGGAAUGAUGACCGUUUCCAUCACACCAAACGAGCAAAUCGCAGCCAUUUUUGCAGCUUCUUUCUACUCACUCUUCAAUAUCUUUUCCGGUUUCUUCAUUCCCCGACCCAAAAUUCCCGGAUGGUGGGUGUGGUACUAUUGGAUCUGCCCGAUGGCGUGGACCGUAUAUGGAUGCAUCAUUUCGCAGUACCACGACAUUACGAACACGAUCACGGUGCCUGGAAUGGCGGUUGAUCCACCAAUGAAUGAAUUUAUCGUCGAUCGUUAUGGUUUUCAGUUGGAUUUCAUGGGUCCGGUCGCUGCGGUUCUAAUCGGGUUUAGCAUAUUGUUUGCAUUCCUCUAUGCUUUCUGCUUAAGGACAUUAAACUUCCAGAUGAGAUAAGCAUAUGUUCUAACCAGGCUUAUUUUA